AUGCCAGCCCCUGAGCAGACCCCAAUGGUGGAGGAGGGGCUGCCGCAGACAACACAGGAAGCUUCCACAGGCCCGGGCAUGGAAUCAGAGACUACUGCCACUACCAUUUUAGCUUCUGUAAAGGAACAGGAGCUCCAAUUUCAAAGACUUACCAGAGAACUGGAAGUGGAAAGGCAAAUUGUGGCUAAUCAGCUAGAAAGAUGUAGGCUUGGAGCAGAAUCACCAAGUAUCGCCAGCACAAGCUCUACUGAGAAGUCAUUUCCUUGGAGAUCAUCAGAUCCUCCAACCACCAGUGUAAACAAACCCCGAGUUUCAGAGAGUGUUCAUACCAAUGCCUAUGACAUUAGGACAGAACCCGAACAAGGGAACCUCUACUCACCAGAACAGACAUCUCUCCAUGAAAGGUCUGUAGGUAACUCAAGAAGUUCAACACAAAUGAAUUCUUAUUCUGACAGUGGUUACCAGGAAGUAAGCAGUUUCCAUAACAGCCAAAACUUGAGCAAAUCAGAAACCAGACAGCAGCAUUCCCUUAUUGGAACCACAAAUAACCAUCUGGUGAGAAGCUCGCGAGCUGAAGGGCAGACAUCAGUCCAGCCUUCAGUAAAUAUUGCUACCAACCGAGUCAUGAGACGUGUCAGUUCAGUCCCAUCCAGAGCACAGUCUCCCUCUUACAUGGUCAGCACAGGUGUUUCCCCUUCAAGGGGGUCGCUGCGAACAUCUCUGGGUAGCGGGUAUGGUUCUCCAUCAGUUACUGAGCAAAGAUCCCUUACUUCUCAUGCAUAUUCAUCCACUACUCUGCCAGUACAGCGGGCAGCAUCCCCAUAUGCUGCGCAGAGACCUGCCUCCCCGACGGCUGUGCGGCGGAUCGGCUCGGUUACAUCCAGACAGGCAGCAAAUCCCAAUGGCGGGACUUCCCAGUACCAGACAUCGGUCAGAGUUGGCUCUCCUCUUGCCCUUAAUGACGUACAAACCCGAGUAGCUUCUCCGUCCCAGACUCAGCUGGGAUCUUCUUCCCCGAAGCGUUCUGGCAUGACUGCGGUUCCACAGCAUUUGGGAACAACGCUGCAAAGAACAAUGCAUGAUAUUGAACAAUAUGGACAGCAGUAUGAUAUAUACGAGAGAAUGGUCCCGCCACGUCCAGAUAGCCUUACAGGCCUCAGGAGUUCAUAUGCUAGUCAACACAGUCAACUAGGACAAGAAUUACGAUCAACUGUAUCUCCUGACUUGCACAUCACCCCUAUCUAUGAAGGCAGAACUUACUACAGUCCAGUGUACCGUAGUCCAAAUCAUGGAACAAUUGAGCUCCACCAGGGAUCCCAGUCAGCGUUGUAUCGAACAGGGUCAGGAGUCGGAAAUCUGCAAAGAUCAUCCAGUCAGCGUAGCACACUCACAUACCAAAGAAAUAAUUAUGCUCUGAACACAACAGCUACCUAUGCGGAACCCUACAGGUCAAUGCAGUAUCGACUGUCAGAGUCCAAUUAUAACAGGCUGCAGCACGCAACGCCCGCCGAUGAUGGGACCACGCGAUCUCCAUCGAUAGACAGCAUUCAGAAAGACCCCAGGGAGUUUGCUUGGCGAGAUCCAGAACUGCCUGAAGUCAUUCACAUGCUUCAACACCAGUUCCCAUCAGUUCAGGCGAAUGCAGCUGCCUACCUUCAGCACCUGUGCUUUGGCGACAACAAAGUAAAAACGGAGGUAUGUAGGCUAGGAGGAAUCAAGCACCUCGUUGAUCUCCUGGAUCACAGAGUCCUGGAAGUUCAGAAGAAUGCUUGCGGUGCACUGAGAAACCUUGUUUAUGGGAAAUCUACUGAUGAAAACAAAAUAGCAAUGAAGAACGUUGGUGGGAUACCUGCCCUUUUACGAUUGUUGAGAAAAUCUGUUGAUGCCGAAAUAAAAGAGCUUGUAACAGGGGUCCUCUGGAACUUGUCUUCAUGUGAUGCAGUAAAGAUGACAAUCAUUAGAGAUGCUCUGUCAACGCUAACAAACACUGUGAUAGUGCCACAUUCUGGAUGGAACAGUUCUUCCUUUGAUGAUGAUCAUAAAAUCAAAUUUCAGACUUCCCUAGUUCUGCGCAACACUACAGGAUGCCUGAGGAAUUUAAGCUCCGCAGGUGAGGAAGCCCGGAAGCAGAUGAGGUCUUGCGAAGGGCUGGUUGAUUCACUGCUAUAUGUGAUCCACACGUGUGUGAACACAUCGGAUUAUGACAGCAAGACCGUGGAAAACUGUGUGUGUACCUUGAGAAACCUUUCUUACCGUUUGGAACUGGAGGUACCUCAGGCACGUCUGCUAGGAAUCAAUGAAUUGGAUGACUUGUUAGGAAAAGAGUCACCUAGUAAAGAUUCAGAGCCAAGCUGCUGGGGGAAAAAAAAGAAGAAGAAAAAAAAAACUUCACAGGAGGAUCAGUGGGAUGGAGUUGGCCCUAUACCAGGAUUUUCCAAGUCUCCCAAAGGGGUGGAAAUGCUGUGGCACCCAUCGGUGGUAAAGCCAUACCUAACGCUUCUAGCAGAAAGCUCCAACCCAGCUACUCUAGAGGGCUCUGCAGGAUCUCUCCAGAAUCUUUCUGCGGGCAACUGGAAGUUUGCAGCAUACAUUCGAGCUGCUGUAAGAAAAGAAAAAGGACUACCAAUCCUUGUGGAGCUGCUGAGAAUGGAUAAUGAUAGAGUUGUUUCAUCUGUGGCAACAGCCUUAAGGAAUAUGGCAUUAGAUGUUCGUAAUAAGGAGCUUAUUGGUGAGUACAGACCUGUACUGAAGAAAGCACGAAUACCAACAUGUCAGACCUU